AGCCCUGCCUGCCUCCCCGCCCCCAGUUGCAACUGGCGCGGGCGGCUGAGCGCCAAGUGUGAGCGCCGCUGCAAGCGUCCCGGAGCCCGGUCCUCGGUGCAGGCAUGAUCGGCCAGAAGACCCUCUACUCCUUCUUCUCCCCGACCCCCACCGGGAAGCGGAGCACGCGCAGCCCCGAGCCAGGACGAGCCGGCCACGCCGCCCUCGUCGCCGCUCAGCGCGGAGCAACUUGACCGCAUCCAGAGGAACAAGGCCGCCGCCCUGCUCAGGCUUGCCGCCCGCAACGUGCCCGCCGGCUUCGGCGACAGCUGGAAGAAGCACCUGAGCGGAGAGUUCGGGAAGCCGUACUUCGUCAAGCUAAUGGGAUUUGUUGCUGAAGAAAGGAAUCAUCACAAGGUCUAUCCACCCCCGGAGCAGGUGUUCACAUGGACCCAGAUGUGUGACAUCAGAGAUGUGAAGGUUGUCAUUCUGGGACAAGAUCCCUAUCAUGGACCUAAUCAAGCUCACGGGCUCUGCUUCAGUGUCCAAAGACCAGUUCCACCUCCGCCCAGUUUGGAAAACAUUUUUAAAGAGCUGUCUACAGACAUCGAUGGCUUUGUUCAUCCUGGCCAUGGGGAUUUGUCGGGGUGGGCCAGACAAGGUGUCCUCCUCCUCAAUGCCGUCCUCACUGUCCGCGCCCACCAAGCCAAUUCCCAUAAGGAGAGGGGCUGGGAGCAGUUCACUGAUGCGGUUGUGUCCUGGCUAAAUCAGAACCUGCAUGGUCUUGUCUUCCUGCUCUGGGGCUCUUAUGCUCAGAAGAAAGGGAGUGCUAUUGAUAGGAAGCGUCACCAUGUUCUGCAAACAGCCCAUCCCUCCCCGUUGUCGGUGUACAGAGGCUUCUUUGGAUGUAGACAUUUUUCUAAAGCCAAUGAACUGCUCCAGAAGUCUGGCAAGACACCCAUCAACUGGAAGGAGCUGUGAUGCUGUGGUGCGGGCCACCUGUCUCCAGCAGUGAUUCUGAGAUGCUGCCACUGAAGCAUUGGCUGGUUUGGAAGUCACUGAAAAUGUCCCUGUCUUGAUUGCCUGUGUGUGAAGAAAAUGGGAGAGAUCUUUGUAAAGCAGUCUCCAGCCAGCCAGGCCACAGGAACCGCAGCUUUAGCAGCCAGACCUUUUGACUGUCACUAGGUUUGACCUCUGUAUACGUGGUGAAGUGGCUUGGCCAAACAUGCCCACUUCUCACAGACCAAUGGUCACAUACUUGGUCCUGUGUGGGCUGUUUUGGGUUGGGGGAGAGAUUUGCACCUUUUAGAUGCCUGCUGCUGUUUACUUUUGCCUUUAGACUAGAGUUUACAAGGUGUCCAGGGUGAGUGCUUCAAAAGGCCCCUGUCUCUAAAGGAGCCCUUGAGUGUUUUUAGAUCUUGAGAAUCUGUUUCCUGAUUACAAAGAGAGGGGGUGUGCUUUCCAGGGCUGCUGCCCCUCCUGCUCCUUUCCCAGGUCUUUGCCUUAAGCAAGUGGUAAAGUUGAACGAAGCAAAGGACAGGGUUUGUUUUAUUUCAGAUGGGGACAGGGGGGGUUCUUCCAGUGCCUGUAGAGUUGGGAUUUUCUUAUGGCAGAUUGCCAGAUGUUGGUUUGUGUGAUCCUGGGGAUCCAGCCCCAGGGUGCUGGUUUUUAUGGUCCGAAUCCACACAGAUUUUAUUUUUCUGCAACUUUUUUUUUUUUUUUUUUUUUUUUUUUUAACGAGGUAGGUAGGUACAUAUGUGUUUUCAGUCCUCCUUUGACAGAUAGUCUACUGAGUUUAUACCUCAGCCUGGAUCCAGUGGGCCCAGCUGGUUAGAGCAGUGACCCCACCUGGGCAGGAUAAUAAAAACAUCAUUGGAGUUUGUCUUUUUUGUA